UCUGACAGAGCAGAUCCUGUGAGAGAGUGAGCAACAGAGGAGGAGGGAAGCUGACCUUUUACAAAAAAAAAACUUUCACUACCUGCGAACGGCUUCCUGAGCAACACACCAACAAGACUCUACGGGUUUCUAUUGGAUUACAAAACCAGGAUUUCUCCCUCGACUCCAGAUUCAUCAUGAGGCUCAUCCUGUUGACUGUGGCGGCGCUGCUCCUGGUGGCGGGAGAGGGUACUGCAGACAGGAUGGGGUCCAGGAGGGCCAAGAGGGAUCUGGCCAGUCCGCUCCACGUCGGUGGCAUCAGGGACCCGUUUGGCUCUUACUGCCAGAGGAGGGGAGGCUGCUGCCCCGGCAGGGACGACCUGUGCACGGUGCCGUACGUGGACACGAUCUGCUACUGCGACCUGUUCUGCAACCGCACCGUGUCCGACUGCUGCCCCGAUUUCUGGGGUCACUGUCUGGGCGUGGAGCCGCCUUUCAUUGGUUCCUGCGAAAGAAAUGGAAUCAGGUUCUUUAGUGGACAAACAUACAAAGAGAACUGCAACCUAUGUACAUGUGGGACCACAGGACGCUGGGAAUGUGAGCAGCACGCUUGUCUGAUGGAGCCCGACAUUAUUCGUGCCGUCAACAGAGGAAACUAUGGGUGGAAGGCCGCCAACUACAGCCAGCUGUACGGCAUGACUUUAGACGAAGGAAUCCGCUACCGGCUCGGCACACAAAGACCCUCAAGAACGAUUAUGAACAUGAAUGAGAUUCAGAUGAACAUGGAUCCCCAGGCCGACCGCCUGCCUCUCUACUUCAACUCGGCGGAGAAGUGGCCGGGGAAGAUCCACGAGCCGCUGGACCAGGGCAACUGUGCCGCUUCCUGGGCUUUCUCAACUGCAGCUGUGGCAUCAGACAGAAUCUCCAUCCAGUCAAUGGGUCACAUGACUCCCCAGCUGUCCCCACAAAAUCUGAUUUCCUGCGACACUCGCAACCAGGGAGGCUGCGCCGGGGGACGCAUAGAUGGAGCCUGGUGGUACCUCCGCCGUCGAGGCGUCGUGACAGAGGACUGUUACCCGUACCGACCCCCGCAGCAGACCCCAGCCGAGGUGGGACGCUGUAUGAUGCAGAGCCGCUCCGUCGGCCGGGGGAAGAGGCAAGCCACGCAGCGCUGCCCCAACAACCACAACUACAACAACGACAUCUACCAGUCCACGCCGCCCUACAGGCUCUCAUCCAAUGAAAAGGAGAUUAUGAAGGAGAUAAUGGAUAACGGUCCAGUGCAGGCUAUUAUGGAGGUCCACGAGGACUUCUUCGUCUACAAGAACGGGAUCUACAAACACACUGACGUCAGCUUCACAAAGCCGCCGCAAUACCGCAAACAUGGCACACACUCAGUCAGGAUCACAGGAUGGGGAGAAGAGAGGAACUUUGAUGGGACAUCAAGAAAGUACUGGAUCGCUGCCAACUCUUGGGGAAAGAACUGGGGAGAGGACGGCUACUUCCGCAUCGCCCGCGGCGACAACGAGUGCGAGAUCGAGGCGUUUGUGAUCGGCGUGUGGGGCAGAAUCACCAUGGAGGACAUGCACAACCACCAUCACCACCAUCGCCGCAGGCACAUUUAGAGACGCUCUGCAGAGACUUUCGUUUUUUUUUUUUUUUUUGUCCCAACUAGAAAAAAAAAGAGAGAGAGAAGAGAGUUCAUCACACCCCUUUACCCGCCGAGCAGACUGAGAUCAAUAAAACCGCUCCUCUCCAGACUCGUUUUUGACAGGACGACCCUACCUGACUUUUACGACACCAAAUAUCAAAGACAAACUAAGCUGCAGUUCUCCAUUACUUUGCCUUGCAAUCGGGCACCUCAGGUACCUAAUGCUCCAAAGACCACACAUCCCAGAAGCUUAUUCAUGUCAAAGUUAGGUGAUGACAGAGGGUCAAGCUGAUCCUUUUGUCCUUCUCAAAUCUCUAGUCCUCUCUAGCUCUAAACCCAUAAUCCACGAUGGUAAGAGAAACAGCCUGAAAGAGAGGAAAUCAGAGCUCCAGAUUAUCGGGCCCGUUCAGAGAGACACGCCCUGCUGAACGCCGUAACCUGAUCACAUCAGAGGACCUUACUGACGUCUACCUGUCAGCCUUACACACACACACUCUGACCCAUUCACUCGGGUUUGUAGAGAGUUAGCAGCCUCAAGCCUUAGGUUUUCUCACACAUUCCAGUAUUAACGUAUGUAACGGACACACAUUCGGUGACGCACGAGAGAUUACAGCGACAAAUUAAAGUGAAAGCGCAUUUGGCAUUUUCCAGAGACACAAUUUAUUAAUGGAACGGGCUAAACUGUGGCCUCAAACAGAACCUGUCUGAAGAUAUGAAAGUAUUUAUUAAACAUGUCAAUCAUUUAUUAUUGCUGAAGACACGUGGUGCAUAAAGACGUCUCCUUGAGCAAUGAAUGAUAAAGACAGAAAUGAAAGCCGCCAUUCCUGACCACGACAUUAAACCAACAAAGAAAAGCUGAUUCGAAAUGAUUGUGACGCCUUAAAGAAAACAAAAACUUUCUUUUGCAAAAGAAAGAAGAAAGUUUGUAUGAUAGCCUUAAUUUACUCUGUUCCGUGUACACUGUUACAAAUUGAGCUUAAGAUGUUAUUAUUUUGUUGCAGUUAUAUUUUAAAGUGCUAUUUUACUACUUGUUUUAAGAUGUACUGUAUGUAGUAGCUUUCACAACAGACACACACAACCCCACUCUGUUGCUUUUCCUCUCCUACGUACAGUAGUUCUCUGAGUGAGAGCGUCCUGCUGCUAAAGCCUGGUCUGUGCUACGACGUUCGUCUUCAGUUUUGUGCCUUUCUUGCGUAAUAAACAUGUAAAUCCACUCCUGACUAACACAGAAACCCCGAUUUGAGUCAUGCAGGUUGCAAAUGAGCGUCUACGCUCUCAUUUUAUGUUUUAUUCUCAUGGUGAUCUGCUGGAAACCUUUAAGCGAUGUGCCUUUUCUUGCUACGGCACACAAGGUGCUUUGAAAUGUUUCAACGGAAAACGCAGUGUGUUAUUACCACAUACCUUAAAUUACAUCUUGGUCUGCUUCAGCUAUGACUUCAAAAGGCUCCUUCGUUUCUAUAUUCACCUCUUGUGAUCUUUAAGAUCUUUCCUCCAGGCACGAAUAGGCGGAUAAUGGAUCUAAAAGCGAGGAGAGAUGUCUGGAUGCUCGAGCAAUGUGCAAUCCAGUGGAGGAGCUAAAGAUUAGCAUUUGUUGCAGGUGUCUCACGCAAUGUAUUGAAUCUUCGCUUUCAUUUUGAAGUAGCCAAAGGCACAACGAGCAGCCCGUGAACGUGACGUUUACAGUAAAUAAUAAUGCACCUCGAACAAUGUGAAACUGAGCUCCUUGUCCAGACGAGAAACGACUGCGUUAAUGUUAUGGUGACGGAGAAAAGGAGGUUCCCUGCAUCCAUAAUUUGUGCGAGAAAGUUGCCGUAGCAAAAAGCAAACCGGUGAUAAACUGGUUUACACAGCUGUGUAUCAGUGGAGGAAGUAGAGGGAUUUGACCAAAGCUGGAAAUCUUUUUUUUUUUUUCUGUUGACCAGAGUCUUAUCUUAUUUUCAGAGUUUUCCUGCAUGUUGAUGGUUCAUUGCUUUUACCAGAAUAAUUACGUAUUACAAAAAUGUCCUAAAACUACACACACUACAAUAAUAAUAUUGUAACUGUGAGUAUAUUUAAACGGAUGAGCAGACGGGACCAAAUUACAAGUGUAUUCUGCAAAAAAAAAAAAAAUACUAAUUUAAUCCAUAGAAGCAAACUGAAGUUUUUUUUCUCAAACUACACAUCAUCUUCUCCAAAAACAUCGCAGGAGCACACAUCCACUCAGAAGCUGUGUAUUUAGUGUAAAACGAACCACUUCAUAUUCACCGAUGUGUAGACUUUUAUUUAUGUGUAAAUUAUAUUCUUCUUUGUUUCCCUGUGCAAUGUUUUCUCUGUCUCUUGUACUGAGUGCACUAAAUGCAAUCCCAGUGUUCACUUACACAAUAAAGUCUUUCCAGAACCCCA